AUGCGGGGCCUACAGCGUUCGUUGUUGUCGCCGUACUACUGGCCGCUGCGCUGCCGCUCGCUGGGUGAGUGUGUGGUGUAUAGAGUCAGCGCCAGACGGGCUUCAGACCAGGAGAACUGGCGCGUGCUGCUCGUACACUAUGCGGGGCCUACAGCGUUCGUUGUUGUCGCCGUACUACUGGCCGCUGCGCUGCCGCUCGCCGGACGGCUCGAGAUCGCGAGCCAACAGGAGAACUGGCGCGUGCUACUCGCACACUACGCGGGGCCUACAGCGUUCGUUGUUGUCGCCGUACUACUGGCCGCUGCGCUGCCGCUCGCCGGACUGUUCUGGUGCUGUUGCUACUGGUGCCGCUCAGGUCGACGAAGGCGCACGUUCGACCGCAAAUACGACGCGUGUCUCAAGGGCCUACUUGCGAUAGUGCUCAUCGGGUUGCUCACACUUUUCUUGUUCGGAGUAGUCUGCGCGUUCGCGACCGAGGAACAACUCGAUCGAAGCGCCAGCGAAGCACCCAACGCCGUCCGCUCCGGCAUCAAGGACACGAAGGCUUACCUCAACGCCACACAAGCCCACGUGCGAUGGCUGCUCGUCAACAACUAUGCCGAACUUGAGCGGACACUUGACAACCUCCUUACAAGUAAGUGUGUUAGUUACAAGCCAGCGAAGCACCCAACGCCGUCCGCUCCGGCAUCAAGGACACGAAGGCUUACCUCAACGCCACACAAGCCCACGUGCGAUGGCUGCUCGUCAACAACUAUGCCGAACUAGAGCGGACACUUGACAACCUCCUUACAAGUAAGUGUGUUAGUUACAAGCCAGCGAAGCACCCAACGCCGUCCGCUCCGGCAUCAAGGACACGAAGGCUUACCUCAACGCCACACAAGCCCACGUGCGAUGGCUGCUCGUCAACAACUAUGCCGAACUAGAGCGGACACUUGACAACCUCCUUACAAGUAAGUGUGUUAGUUACAAGCCAGCGAAGCACCCAACGCCGUCCGCUCCGGCAUCAAGGACACGAAGGCUUACCUCAACGCCACACAAGCCCACGUGCGAUGGCUGCUCGUCAACAACUAUGCCGAACUAGAGCGGACACUUGACAACCUCCUUACAAGUAAGUGUGUUAGUUACAAGCCAGCGAAGCACCCAACGCCGUCCGCUCCGGCAUCAAGGACACGAAGGCUUACCUCAACGCCACACAAGCCCACGUGCGAUGGCUGCUCGUCAACAACUAUGCCGAACUUGAGCGGACACUUGACAACCUCCUUACAAGUAAGUGUGUUAGUUACAAGCCAGCGAAGCACCCAACGCCGUCCGCUCCGGCAUCAAGGACACGAAGGCUUACCUCAACGCCACACAAGCCCACGUGCGAUGGCUGCUCGUCAACAACUAUGCCGAACUAGAGCGGACACUUGACAACCUCCUUACAAGUAAGUGUGUUAGUUACAAGCCAGCGAAGCACCCAACGCCGUCCGCUCCGGCAUCAAGGACACGAAGGCUUACCUCAACGCCACACAAGCCCACGUGCGAUGGCUGCUCGUCAACAACUAUGCCGAACUAGAGCGGACACUUGACAACCUCCUUACAAGUAAGUGUGUUAGUUACAAGCCAGCGAAGCACCCAACGCCGUCCGCUCCGGCAUCAAGGACACGAAGGCUUACCUCAACGCCACACAAGCCCACGUGCGAUGGCUGCUCGUCAACAACUAUGCCGAACUAGAGCGGACACUUGACAACCUCC